AAGUUCGGGGUAAAAAUGGAGGGGUACGCGAUGGAGGGGGGCGCGACGGAGGUGCGAGGAGAUCCCGCGUACGUGAGGGCUUCUUGCGAGGCGAGCUUGAAGAGGCUGGACGUCGACUGCAUUGAUCUCUACUACCAGCAUCGCGUCGACACCCGAGUCCCCAUCGAGAUCACCAUGGGAGAACUUAAGAAACUGGUUGAAGAGGGCAAAAUAAAAUACGUAGGAUUAUCUGAGGCCUCGGCAUCAACAAUCAGGAGGGCACAUGCUGUUCACCCUAUAACUGCUGUCCAGCUCGAAUGGUCGCUAUGGUCAAGGGACGUGGAAGACGACAUAAUCCCAACUUGUAGAGAGCUCGGAAUAGGAAUUGUGGCAUACAGUCCUUUGGGGAGGGGCUUCCUAUCUUCUGGACCUAAGUUGGUCGAAAAUCUAGCAGACGGGGAUUUCAGAAAGUACUUGCCGAGAUUACAGCCAGGGAAUUUGGAGCAGAAUAUUACAUUAUUUGAAAGAGUUAGUGAGAUGGCUUCAAGAAAAGGAUGCACCCCUUCUCAACUAGCAUUAGCCUGGGUUCACCACCAAGGAAAUUAUGUUUGCCCUAUACCUGGAACUACUAAGAUCGAGAACUUGAAACAAAACAUAGGAGCACUCUCUGUUAAGCUGACAAAGGAAGAAAUGGUACAGCUCGAAUCUUUUGCUUCUGCUGAUGCUGUUAAAGGCGAUAGGUAUCCUGCAAUGGUUCAGACUUGGAAGGAUUCAGAGACCCCACCUCUUUCUUCAUGGAAAAGUGAAUAGAAAGUAUUGCCUUCUAGUUUUCUAUAUCAAAGCUUGCAUCCUGUUAGUUAGUAAUAAGGCAGCACUAAGAUUGUUGAGCCCUACUUUGCAUGUGGUGUUGAAUCAGAGUUGUGUAUGAAUUGUCAGAACUAUCUUUGUUGAGCUGUUUGUAUUUGGUUUGUAAUCAUAAUAAUGGGAAAUGUUUUUGCUAGGACUUGUUUAUAGCAUAUAUUUUGUUGUUGCUGUUA